GUGCAGCCGGCGGGGGCUCGCUCGUGAUAAUCGCCGAAAAAUGAGUAGAAAACCCACAUCCUAAAUCAACAGAUCAUUAUCUGGGCUGGACUUCAACGGACAGCACCGAAUAACCCCUCCGCUGGAUCAUCUCAAGCUGAGACAUGAGUCUGAGGACGUGCCUGGGUGUAAUGUCUGGGCUGGUGAGUUUCUCCUGCGAAGCUGUGCAGAGCUGUGGAGAGUCGCGAUGUGUUGAAGGUCAGCGGUGCUGCCCGUCCAAGGAGAACGUCACAGCCUUCCAGUGCUGCAAACUCCCUCCGCACACUUUCCUGGAAAACCUGGACUGGGUGGUCCGCAAGCUUUCGGGUCUCUUGAUUCUGAUGCUGCUCUUCGUGGUGGGUUACUUCAUUCAGCGGGUGGCGUGUCCGCGUCCCCGCCGCCAAACACCCGAGGAGCCGUCACUUCUGCACGGACACGCGUCCCAGGACUCCCUGACGGGAGACUUUAGCUCGCCGGUUCUGCUGCUACCCACAUACGAGGAGGUGAAAUAUCUGCCAACAUAUGAGGAGAUCAUGAUGGAGGUGAAUGAAAACUCAAUAACAGGACGGACGAGCGAUCUCCAACACAUCUAGAAGAGCCCGAAGCUCUCUUUAACAAACACACACACAAACACACACACACACACACACACACUGGUUUUCGUGUUGGAAUAGUGCAUGAUGAGCACUUUCUUACAUGAACACUUUACUCCGACUGUUUUUCAUAAGCCAUUCUGGACGGUUCUGACCUGGAAUUCAAUCUACAAUCGUCUUGUUGUGAGUCAACUUAGUGCGCAUAUAUUAUUCUAAACAAUGAA